GUCCCCAUCCCCGCCACCACCCCGUGUCCCCCCGCCUGUCCCCCGUGUCUGCCGUCCCUGUCCCCGUGUCUCACACACUGUGUCCCUGUCCCCGCCUGCGUGUCCCCCCCCUGCCCCAGUGCCGCCUGUCCCCGCCCGCCGCAGCCUCCCUCAAGUUCAAGGUUCAAACUCCACGGGACUGCGACGGUGGGGACAAGCGGGGACCGGGUGGCCCCUGGCUACGCAGCGGCGAGCACCGGGCACCGGCGGGCACCGGGUCCCAGGCUCUGUCCUCACUGCGGUCCCCCCCAGUCCGGGCACUGUCACCGGCGUCUCCGGCCAUGUCCACGUCGAGCCCCUCGGACGCGGAGAGCAGCCCCCGCCCGCCACCGGGUCCCCGCGUCCCCGGGGGGGAGGACACGGAGGCGGGGGAGGAGAAGGUCUGCGCCGUGUGCGGGGACCGCGCCACCGGGUACCACUUCCACGUCAUGACCUGCGAGGGCUGCAAGGGCUUCUUCAGGCGCUCCAUCAACAAGGGCGUCCGCUUCACCUGCCCCUUCUCCCGGAGCUGCCCCGUCACCAAGGCCAAGCGGCGGCAGUGCCAGGCCUGUCGCCUCCAGAAGUGCCUGGACGUGGGCAUGCGGAAGGACAUGAUCAUGUCGGCGGAGGCGCUGCGGCGACGGCGGGCGCAGCGGCGGGCGCGGGAGCGGCCGGGGGGGCUGACGGCGGAGCAGCGGGACCUCAUCGCCAUCCUCAUCGCCGCCCACCGCCGCACCUUCGACUCCAGCUUCUCCCAGUUCGCCCACUACUGGCCCGCCGUGCGCCUCUACGUGCCCAGCCCGCGGCCGCAGAGCCCGUCGCAGCCCGGUGACCCCGUCGCGUGGCCGCCGUCCCCGCCGCCCCCCCCCGACUGCCUGGCCGAGGACGUGCUGCCCGACGUCUUCUCCAUGCUGCCCCACAUCGCCGACCUCAGCACCUUCAUGAUCCAGCAGGUCAUCAACUUCGCCAAGGAGAUCCCGGCUUUCAGGACCUUACCCAUCGACGCCCAGAUCUCGCUGCUGAAAGGAGCCGCCCUGGAGAUCUGCCAGAUCCAGUUCAACACCGUCUUCAACGCCGAGACCAACGCCUGGGAGUGCGGGCAGCACUGCUACACCAUCCAGGACGGCGCCCUGGCAGGUUUCCAGCAGAUCUACCUGGAGCCGCUGCUCAAGUUCCACAUCAGCCUGAAGAAGCUGCGGCUCCACGAAGCCGAGUACGUCCUGCUGCAGGCCAUGCGGCUCUUCUCGCCAGGUAAGCGAGCGCCGGGGACGGCGGCGGGGCGUCCCCCCGCCUCCCCUACCCUGACACCCCCCCGCCCAGACCACGCCGGCGUCGCCCAGCGGGACUUCAUCGACCAGUUCCAGGAGAAGGUGGCCCUGACCCUCAAGAGCUACAUCGACCACCAGCACCCCAUGCCCGAGGGCAGGUUCCUCUACGCGAAGCUGCUGCUGCUGCUGACGGAGCUGCAGACGCUGAAGGCGGAGAACACCCGGCAGAUCCUCCACAUCCAGGACCUGUCCUCCAUGACCCCCCUGCUCUCCGAAAUCGUCAGCUAGAGCCCACGCCGCCCCCCCCCCCCCUCCCCGGUUACCCCCCC